GCGCGUUCGAUCAAGUUCGGAACUAUUCGGUACGCGCAUCCAUCAGCGCCCAGGCGACAGAGUCGUACGGUCGAAAUUGACUACCCGAAUCGGUGUGAGUGAUUUGUGUGUCGGUUACAGCAAGGAGGCAAAAAAGGACUCACGAGGAGUAUCAUAAGCAACCAAAGAACACGAUCACUCAUCGUUUUAUCGGUUCUUGCAAAUGGAGCACAGUCACAAGAACACCGAUUGCUACUUUUUCUAUUAUUCUACAUGCAAAAAGGGUGAUCUCUGUCCAUUUAGACAUGAACCGUCUGCUUUGGGUUGCGAAACGAUGUGCUCCUAUUGGCAGCAGGGUAAUUGCCUUAAUGAGCAUUGUAGCUUUAGGCAUAUGGAAUUGAAAAAAAACCGCAAAUCGAUUCCAUGCUAUUGGGAAACACAGCCUGGUGGUUGCAGAAAACCACAUUGUCCUUUCCUGCACAAGAAUGUACGAACUAUAUAUGAUCCGAUUAAUCCAGUCAAAACAACGGAGGUAACGUCGAAACCCAUCAAUCAGGAUUGGGUAAAUCGUCAGGAUGAUACAAAGUACGACACAAGCAGUGCAGAAUCAGAUCAAGGUAGGGGAAGCAGCGAAGCUGGCAGUUUCAUUGGUAGUCCAGCUGUCGAUCCUCUUAUCGUCAAAUUUGGAGAAGAGUCGGACAAUGAAAGCGUACCGUCACCCAUAAAGACGCAACCACAACCAAGGGUGCCCUACUGCAAGACCUACGAGGAGAUCAGGCUAGAGGAGAUACAAGCGGAAAGUGCUGCAUAUUAUUCAUACGAGGCUGAUGAUGAUCGUCCUGUUGGCGAGCACUCAAUAAGAAAAAUUAAUUCGGCAGUUACGAGCCAGGAUACAACGGGUGUCGCUAAUAAAACCAGACGAGUUAUAGCGGCUACUCGUGAUAUCAGGAGAAAGAUUCGGAUCGAUCCGAAAUUAAUAGGGACGAUCGAAAUUAGUAAUAAGGACGAAUCGUCGUUAGAAAAGAAGAAUAAGGACGAUACGAACGAGUUGAAUUUUCAGGUCUUGUCAUUGGAAGAAAUACGUCGGCGUAAGAGACGAAAAGCAUUGAUGUUGCAAGACGUUGAAAUAUUCGAGAACGUAGAAUCCGAUCGAUCGAAAAGAUCGAAGGACGAAAGGACUCCAACCAAUGAUCGCUCGAAAGAUCCUGUUAAAACGUUAACCGUAAUACGUGCGUCUAACGUGGCUCUACCAACGAGAGGUGUUAAGAGAUUCUUAGAAAAAGACAAAGAGAUUAUCGUUGAAUCCGCUGACGAAGGUCGUAGAGUUAAACCUAAAUUAGAGGAUUCUAAUGAACGCGUGACGAAUGUACCACCCGUUAGACUACGAAGAUCACCAAAAAGAUAUUCUACGAACGUAGCCAAUGUAUCGGGCCAAGAAAUUUUCUCGAAGAUUUUCGAUAAAAAUAUUCGUGACACCUGUUUGCCAAGCGAUGUUAACGAGCAAAUUGAUAAUGAGAUUGAAAGGGAUGACGAAGGGAAUAGGGAUAACGUACAGUCGAGACUUCUCGAAAAUCUCGACGUUAGAGUUAACGUUAGAGAACAUCGCGAGGAAACGUUGAAUAAUUCCGGUAGAAAGAACGAGGUCGAGGUCAGAUUAUGCGACAGCAGUACGGACGAGGAACGAAUGGGAAUCGACGAUGGUACGACGAUUCAAGAACAAAAGGAAACUAAAUCUGUUAUAAUGGAUACCAUAAUGGAGGAUUCGAAAGCUAGCCGACUUUCGUGUGACAGUUUAUUAACCAUCAACGAGGACGAGUAUCUUAUGCUCGAUACUGCAUCCGAUGAUAUUCUCAAGGACAUUGAUGCACUGCUCAAGGACAAACCAGUGCUUUGAACUAACAUCUCGGAUAUUUUAUUGGACGAAGUCUUUAGUACUUAAGUUUCUCUUUCUCUUCUUCUUCUUCUUCUUUCUCCUCAUCCUCUUCUUUUUUCUUCUUCUUCUUCUUCUUCUUCUUCUUCUUCUUCUUCUUCUUCUUCUUCCUUCUCUUCAUCUUAUCUCCUUUACCUUCUUCGUAUGGACGACACAGACGGAAGAAA